AUGGCAUCCAACUUGUCAGCGCAAAUAUUACUUAAAGGUAUUCAGCCGCCUGAAUUAUUUACAGGUGCCGACGAACAAGAUCCAAUGACAUGGAUUCAAACCGUUGAGGAAUUAUUUGACGCCACAAAGGUUGCUAAUAAUGAUCGACGAUAUUACCUCCCAAUGUAUUUUGGCGAUGAUGUGAAGAAAUGGUAUCGUAGCGAAACACUUAGCAGUGAUUAUGAAGAAUUUAAGAAACAAUUCAUCAACACAUUUACAUCAUCCGUACAUAAACUGAAGAUCUCGGCUAAAUUGUUGAAUCGGCACCAAGGUAACAACGAGUUAGUUCAAUCGUAUUACUACGAUAUUCUGGCAUUAUGUGCUCGUUUGAAUCCUGACAUGACGGAAGACGAACAAAUAUUACAUCUACUUCGUGGUUUAAAACCAUCCAUCCAACAGCAUGUCCUAAUGAGUGAUCCUAAGAAAUGUAAAGACUUGUUGGAACAUGCAAAACGAGCCGAAGCUGCUGCAUCGGUACUUCCAACAACACCAGACCUGACAGCAGCAAUCACAAAUGAACUUAUUGACGAGACAACAGCAGCUCUGCGUCGUACAUCAAUUAAUCAAAGUGCUUCGUCAAACAUUCAGCAUGGUCCGAACACUUCGAUUAAUCAGGGAAAAUCACACAAUCAUCGUGCACAUCAACACUCCAUUCAGCACCAGUACAACAGUGAAUAUCGUAAGUUUCCAAAACGAAAGUCACGCAACUUUACAUGUUACAACUGUGGUGGCAUUGGUCAUUUUGCAUAUCAAUGUCCUAGUUAUUUAAACUAG